UGUGAUCUGCUUUCACUAUUAGUGAAGCAUGAGCUCCUUAAAAUCUCGCUUGCUGGAACAUCUACAGAGUUGCAAAUUACCCCCUAAGGAUUUGUGAAAGCAACAUAAGGACUGUCUCUCAGUCUAGCAAGGUGGCAUGAAAGAUCAGUGUCGGACAUGCAAAAUAAUAACCAGGAUCAACUCAUGAGACAAAGGGAAGUGAUCAGAUGCAGACUGAAGAAACUGAAUGGCAAGCAAAAUGAAAUCAAAUCAAAGUCCUCUGCGAUGAGAGAAAGGAUAAUGAAGAAGUAUGAAGAGAUGCGGAGAGUUCUGGAGGAGGACUGUAGGAUCACUCUGUCCCUUCUGGAGAUGGAGGAGACGGCUGCGGUUCGAGCACUGGACAACCUCAUUGAGAAAAACUGUGUCCUGCUCAGAAACAUUGAGGUUCAGCUGAAUGAAGGGAUGAUGGACAGUGACAUACAGCUUGGUGACAGGGUCACAAUGUAUGAGGACAGGGUGCUGGAAGUGUUAACAGGGACAGACCCAGGUCUCAUAAAACUUGAUGAGGCCAAAUCAGAUCAGCUACUGGGCCUCACACACAAUUUACUACUGUUUAUCCGCUCGCAGAUCCCCAUUGCUAAGAGGUUGCUGAAGAGCUAUUCCUCAGAAGUGGUCCUGGACCCUUCCACUGCCCAUCCCAAGCUGAUUAUUUCAUCUGAAGGGGACUGUGCCACUUUCACAGAUGUAUGGCAAGAUGUCCCUGAGCAUGAGGGACGUUUUGACACCACCCUUAACGUCUUGAGCAUCCAGUGCUGGGAUUCUGGUCGCCAUUACUGGGAGGUAGAUGUGAGUGGAAAGAUCUAUUGGGAACUGGGUCUCACCUACCCAUCCAUCUCAAGAAAAGGUCAAAAGGAGGAGUGCUGGUUGGGCCGGCAUGCUGAAUCUUGGUGUCUGGAGUACUUUGAUGGAGACUACAAUGCCUGGCAUGGAGAUACUGCUCAUCCUUUGCCCAUUUCCACCUGCUUCCAUCGGAUAGGGAUCUUCUGCAGCUUUCCUGGAGGUCUGGUGACAUUUUUAGGGGUGGAUACCAUGACACCACUGUACUCAUUCUGUGCUGGGACAUUUACAGACUCUCUACACCUGGCUCUUUGUCCAGGUCAUGAUCUUCAGGGGACAAACUCAAAGCCUAUUAAGAUAUGUCGAUCCUAAUCAUCUUUGAAACUCAUACUUAAAUGCAUAUUGUAGCAUUUAGAAGAUAAAGUAGGCCUAGCACAGGUUUGUUUGAUUUCACUCUGACUUUGUGUAGAUUAGAUUUGUUGGUUUGUAUUUCCAGAUGUAAAAAAGAAAGUUAUGAACAAUAUACAAAUUUUUUGUAGCGCAACAAUUGAUUCAACUGCACUGCAAACCUUCAAACAAUGUGAUUUCAUUCAUCAGCAAUUAGAAGAAUCAGCACUUCAAAAUGGUAGAAUAAUAGAUACGCAA